AUGCAUUGUGACUUUCCCAGUUACAUUCCCUCUUGGGAAGAUCACAUUCAGUCAACAGAACAGUUCAUAGAUAAGGUCGCUAAGCCUUUCCAAAAGCAAUUAGAAGAUGCCGUCAAGACGAAGCUGCCUAUGUUCGCUUGGGGAGUAUCUUUAGGGGGAGGUUUGGUCUGUCACUCAGCCAUGCGGAGGCCCGAGAUUUUCGACGGAGCGAUUCUAGUCAGUCCCAUGGUGAAGGUGGACGAGGCGAUAAAACCUCCGAAAAUUAUCGAGAUAACUUUCCGGAAGAUCGGUUCAUGGAUGCCCAAAGCGCCGAUUACUCCGACAAAAGACAUUCUCGACAAGUGUUUUGUUGAUAAGACUUUUACCGAUUUUGCACGUGAGAAUAACAAGUUGCUGUACCCCAGCAAGCCUCGACUGGGAACAGCCCUCGCGGUACUUGCAGCUCAAGAUUGGAUUUGCGACCAUAUGGAGGAUCUUAAAACGCCCGUUUUGAUAUUGCACGGCAAACACGAUGAAGUCACCUCAUGUGGAAGUUCAGAGGAACUUUUUCGACGGUGUUCCAGCGAUGAUAAGAGCAUAAAAAUUUACGACACCGACCAGGAUACGGGGGAAAAAUACACACAUGUGAUUUUCGGAGGCCAGCCAGCGGCCAUGUCGAGAAGACCUUUCGAUGACAUCAAGGAUUGGAUAACAGAACGUAAAUGA